AUGAUCAAGAUCAUCGAGCCGUGGGUUGCUUACGGUUACCCCAACCUGAAGUCCAUCAAGGAGCUCGUCUACAAGCGCGGUUACGGAAAGGUCAACAAGCAGCGUGUUGCCCUCACCGACAACGCCAUCAUCGAGGAGAACCUCGGCAAGUACGGCAUUGUCUGCAUGGAGGACCUGAUCCACGAGAUCUACACCGUUGGCCCCAACUUCAAGCAGGCCUCCAACUUCCUCUGGCCCUUCAAGCUUUCCAACCCCACUGGUGGCUUCCGCCCCCGCAAGUUCAAGCACUUCAUCGAGGGUGGUGACCUUGGCAACCGCGAGGACAAGAUCAACGCUCUCAUCCGCCAGAUGAACUAA